GGACGGGCAUGUUGUAGCUGAAGUGGUACGAGGGCGUUAGUGUGUGUGGUGAAGUGGAGUGAAGUGUAUCACCUUCAGGAGUCUGCUAGAGAACGUCGCGGAUGCCGAGGAACCGGGAAACAUGAGGAAAAGAAAGGGUGCGCUGGGGUCCCGCAGGCGGCCGCGGCGCUACGCCCAUAUCAAAGAAGGACUGCCUUUCAGUGAACAUAGUCUACUCUAUGCGAGGUGUUAGCUGCUACGAAGCUGGCCGCCAUGAAUUUGAUCAACAUGGACGCGGAGAACCGCGUCGUCCUAAACGUCGGGGGCAUCCGCCACGAGACAUACAAGGCGACGCUCAAGAAGAUCCCGGCGACGCGGCUGUCCAGGCUGACGGAGGCGCUCGCCAACUACGACCCCAUCCUCAACGAGUACUUCUUCGACCGCCACCCUGGAGUCUUCGCCCAGGUCCUCAACUACUACAGAACGGGGAAGCUUCACUAUCCAACGGACGUGUGCGGACCCUUGUUCGAGGAAGAGUUGGAGUUCUGGGGGUUGGAUGCCAACCAGGUGGAGCCUUGCUGUUGGAUGACCUACACGCAGCAUCGAGACACCCAGGAGACCCUUGCUGUUCUGGACAGGCUGGACCUGGACACAGACAAGCCGAGUGACGAGGAGAUGGCCAGGAAGUUCGGGUUCGAGGAGGACUACUUCCAGGGCACACUCUCCUGGUGGCAGAGGCUCAAGCCGCAACUUUGGUCCCUCUUUGAUGAGCCUUACUCCUCCAACACUGCCAAAAUGAUCGGGAUAAUCUCGGUGUUCUUCAUCUGCGUGUCGAUCUUGUCGUUCUGUCUCAAGACUCAUCCCGACAUGAGGGUUCCAGUGAUUGUCAAUAUCACGGUCAACACGUCUCACAACACGGCCGGCUGGACCCUGGACAAGACACAGACCAACGCGCACGUCGCCUUCUUCUACAUCGAGUGUGUCUGCAACGCGUGGUUCACUCUGGAGAUCCUGAUACGAUUCGUCGCUUCUCCCAACAAGUGCGACUUCAUCAAGGCGUCCGUCAACAUCAUAGACUACAUCGCAACUCUCAGCUUCUACAUAGAUCUGACUCUGCAGCGAUACGCGUCGCACCUCGAGAACGCGGACAUUUUAGAGUUCUUUUCGAUAAUAAGAAUCAUGAGACUGUUCAAGCUCACGAGACACUCUUCGGGUCUCAAGAUACUCAUACAAACGUUUCGCGCGUCGGCGAAAGAACUCACCCUUUUAGUGUUCUUCUUAGUGUUGGGUAUAGUGAUCUUCGCGAGUUUAGUUUACUACGCGGAGAGGAUACAGGCGAACCCCCACAACGACUUUAAUAGUAUCCCGCUGGGCCUGUGGUGGGCACUGGUCACCAUGACGACGGUGGGCUACGGUGACAUGGCGCCUAAGACGUAUGUGGGAAUGUUCGUGGGAGCUCUGUGCGCGCUGGCGGGAGUGCUGACAAUAGCGCUGCCCGUACCAGUCAUCGUCUCCAACUUCGCUAUGUACUACUCGCACACGCAGGCGAGGGCCAAGCUGCCCAAGAAGAGACGUAGAGUGUUGCCGGUGGAGCAGCCACGGGGCCCUAGACUGCCCGGACAGGCCGCCACACCCGCGGGAGGGCCCGGGGGCCCCGGCAUACCCGGCACCACCCCCACGGGGGGCCCCGUCUCCGUGCAAAACCGACGGAUGAAUGCCAUUAAAGCGAAUCACCCGAAAGACAUUAUGGGACCAAAAAUGGAAAAUGAGCGCCGAAACUCAAACUUUCGUACGAAUGGAACGAAAAGUGCGCAAUUGGUCGGGGAUUCCAAUGGGUAUGACCAUGACCUUGAACCCCAACGGUGUAGGAGUGAAGGUCGAACCCGUCAAGAGCGCCCUCGGACCCUCGAUACUUCAGGCUUGAUGUCAUAGGUUGUGUGUACCUUAAGAAACUAUUAACUAAAUAGGUGCUGAAAUUCUAUUAACAUAUUUUUUCUUCGAUGUUGAAAUGAGUUCUAAAGUUUAUAUUUUUCUCACGCUCAGACGUUUUACACAUUAGUGGUUAAGAGGGAAUUUACGAGCGAAUGUGACAAUUGUGUGAAAGUUUUUGAUUAAGAGUGGAAGAUUUUAGAUUUAAAAGUGGUUGCGGGCACGUAGUGCUUGUUGAAUAAGUUUGUAAAAUGAACACAUAAACACAAAAACGUAUAACAAUGUUAUUAGCAACACACAUAAUAGCAUUUUCAGAUGUUAUUCUAGAAAAGCUUCUUUAUUCAUAAAACUUAAAUCCAUGAUUAUUCAUUUUAGACAUAUACGCCCUACAGGCAACCUAUAAUUCUUCAUAAUUUGAAUCUGGACUUGAGGUUAGCAUACUUUUGCUUUGAUAUUGUACCUUACAAAUUAAAUAGCGUUUUACAGAGUGUUACAAAUGUUGAAAUAAAAACAUUCACCUGAAUACACAAUCACAUGAAGCCAUGAAAUAAAAACACACUAUACUACAUCAGAAGAGAAAUUCAAUGUAAAUUUUGUAAAGUAAUACGAGCGUUCAAAACGUGUUCGGAUUCGUAUCCCGUAAGGCAUCGUAUUAUACAUCGUAAUAUAAAUAGGCUCAAAAUCGUCGACGUUGAUUACCAUUUGUGAAAAACUGAAUCAAACAUAUAAAUCUAAAUUAAUUUUUGGACUAGAAUAAUAUUUGUUUAGUUCGUUGGUUUAUGUGUGGUCAAUUAUCAUCAUGCGGAGAAUAACAGGAGGGAUAUUUUUGCAAAUGAUUUUACCUAAAAAUUAAAAUGAUUUUAUCGUGAUUUUUGGCUCUUAACAAUACAUCUACAUUUGCAGUUUUAGUCUGAAGCAAGGUUUUUCGGAUUAAUAUAAAAACAAAAACGUUUUGUGUAAGAAAGUUUAGAAUUUAGAUGAUUACUCAGUGCAUUUGAAACUCCCUGGGUUAAAUACAAGUCAUACGUGCAGUUAAAUGAACGGUUUUAAGUGUCAGUUUUCCAAAACUGCUUGCAUUCUUGCACCUCCCCUUUUCAUAUUAAGGCUCAAAAUUCACAAAACCGUAACCUUUCAGAAAUUUGAGGAUCAUUUUAAUGAUUUAUUCAACAAGACUCGGACAAAUUAUUUAGCCUCAAGGAAUUUCCUAUUGAGUGUUAAGCUCUUAAUGUCCAAACAUUUACGUUUUUUCUCCAAUUGGACUACACAAUAUCUUAAAGGGGAUUUAUCCGUAGAGAAUGGAAACCUUAGCAUCCAGCGGUAGAACCACAACAUGGAUUUCAUAUUUUGUCCUUUUUAUAUACACAUUUUUGUCCUGAAGCAUUCAUAAAUCUAAUAUAAUAAUAGUGCAACAGCCACUAUCACAUAUUAGUGGUAUCAUACGAGUAAGUUUAUAACAUUUCCUACAUUGCCUAUCUUAACGAUCCAUGUAAAAAUAAAAUCGUAACAAAAAAACAUUAUGACAAAUGAGUAAUUAUUUUGAAAAUUAUUCGAUUUUCAUUGGACGAGUGCCUCGCAACCACUAGUAGCUUAGGUUAGCAACUCAACUCGACCAAGACGAUGCGACUAGAGUAGGGGACAUGGAGGGUAUUCACAACAGUUUAGCAUUAGAGACACGAAUAUCAUGUUCUAAACACUGUUUAUAAAUACUAGGCUUAUAUUUCAUAUGUAUAUUAAGCAUCGAUUUUUACCUGUCCGCUGAGUCCUAGCACAUGACCCCGUGUAGAUCUCUGACAGCACGAACCUCCGCAGUGUUUUAUAUGUAAAUCAAACAUUAUGUAAAAUAGGGUAAAAUUAAUUUUAUGAUAUUAAAUUCGUUACGAUUAAAACAUUCAAUAAACUAACUGUUACACCAGAGUUUUAGUGAGAAUUGCGACAGUUAACUAUUGUAGUUCACAUGCUUCCCGAAACUAUUUUUUUACUUGAUGUCUUUCAAUUGCACUUUCAUUAUUGCUUCUUCUCUCUUGGAGUUUAUAAAUGCUAGUGUAGACAAGGUUUAUAUUUAAAGACAUUGUCAAGUCAACUGUACAUCGGUCCUUUGUCGGUUACGGUUCAAACGUUCUUUGCAAAGGUCAAAUCGACUGGAAGAUAUUAUAAAGGGAAAGAAAUUUGUGAUUAUCUUUAGUAAAAUAAUUUAAAAAAUCUAUGUCACCUGACGAGAUAGAAACAGCGUAGAAAAUGUAUUGCUAAAUUUUUACAUCUGACUUUUCUCUAUAAGUUAAUAUUAUUAAAUCUACCCAAACCCUCUUGUAAAAAAGUACUCGAUAAAUUAUCUUAUUAACUUAUAAACUAUUGAUUUUUUCGACCAAAUUGUUGUUUCAGGCCAAUUGAGUAAUAACCUUCAUGAAUGCAUUUUAAUAUGGCAAUAAUCUAGUCAGCUAGAAUAAUUAAAAACCUUUAAUUUCAUAGUAAAACUUUAAUUGUUAACCUCAUAGUUAAAUAUUAUGUUGAAUUUUAGAAAAACCUUAUAGAACUUUCGUAUACUGCAACAAGUUGAUGAGUCUUGUUAAGAUUUUAUACUGCAACUUAAAAAUUCCCUUUUGUUUGAAUCUAAUUAUCAUAACUGAAAAUGUUUAUGCAGUAAACAUACUGUAUAAGCUUUAAGGAAUCAUAACGCACUCCCAUGUACGAAUACAUAUCAAAAACUUUAAUUCAUAAAUAAUUCAAUGAUAAACUAGAAGAUACAAACAUAGGUUAUUAAUUCCAACUAAUUCCAAAUAAAUGAAAUUUUAGAAACCAUAUUGUAAUAAGAAACACUUAUCUGUUAAUAGUUUAGUCAUAAAGUUACGAAAAUGCAAUGGUCACCAAUUUAAAAGUGUAAAAUUAUAAACAAGAAACACAACCGAAAAAGAAAAUGGGAUCAAGAUGGCAGUUUUAUCUGUUACAACUCUGUGAUUGCCGUGCUAUCUAGGUGUAAGAAUGUGAACUGUAGUGCACUAAGGUAUGAGAACAUACACAUAAGUGGUGGUUAGCUUUUUUUAAUAAAGUUUGGUCAGAGUUUCAUUUUUAUGAAAGGUUGGAUGUAGUUCAAUUAAAAUUACGCUGAAGCAGAUAUGCUUAUAUGAUGAAAUGUUUUCGUUUGAGUUUGCUCAUGAGUUUUGAAAAUUCUUAAAACCAUUCCGUUUCAAAUCGUAAACCUGUUUGAAUUGAAAAUUAUAAAUAUUCUAUCUAAAAUACUUCUCAUCAUGAUAGAUGCAUUAGUUAUAUUGACUAUUGUCUCUCAAAAUGUAUUUAUUUAUUAGCAUUUGCCCUGCUAUUCGUAUGUGUUCUUUUAUCUAAACAAUGUUUUUAAAACGUAUGAUUAAAUCUCGAAUGACUACUUGCCAUGCAAAUAACCCACUAUGAAUGGUAUAUACUCGUAUUUAAUCAAAUAUUCUUAGUUCGCAGUCAAUCCAAGAUUGUUUGAUAGUUAUUUGACAAUUUAACAAUAUAAAUUAUCUAUUGUCUGGUCCUUUUUAGAGUAAGAAUAGAGUAAUUUUACUUUAUACAUUCCUCUUGUUGUUUCAUUGCAUUUAUAG